GACCACCACCCUUCAAGCUCCAAGCUUCAAGCUUCCUAAUAUUUACUGCAAGAAAGUACCAAGUCUCUCGACUUGAAGGUUGGAGGCUUUCCGCAUCUGCGUUAUGUCGGAUUUUGGCACACCACCAGAGAUCCCUUCGGAUUUACAGCAAUACAACUCGUAUGUUGAAGACCCCAAAUGGCAACGUAAAUUUUCGGCUGUAUGGGCUGUAGCUGUUGGGAUUGCCAUCCUUGCCUCCUUGCCUCAUCUUGUACGGGCGAUUAGACGAGGUCGUGCGUUUACUGGAUUCUUUGGCGUUUCAGAAGAUCACUCUGGAAAGAAAUAUGUUCCUAUCCGUGUUGAGGAGAAACUUCCCGCUCAGAGAAUGAAGAGAGUGGCUGGCGUGUUGUACACAUUGGUGUCUUUCUUGAGAUGGACGAUCCCCGGAGUGGAACUAAACUUUGGGCAAAUGAUUCUUGUUGCUGGCUACCUCGCCACAGUCAUCAUAUGCAUCGUCAUGAACUCACAAUUAAUCAACAACCCCAAUCGCGCCGGGUUCCUCGCCCUCGCCCAACUCCCCGUCGUCUUCCUAUUCGCCACCAAAAACUCCAUUCUCUCCCUCCUCCUCGGUCCCGGACACGGAUACGAGAAAUUGAAUUACAUUCACCGCUGGUCCGGUCGCGGUUUAUUCAUUGGAGCGACUGUACAUGGUGCCUUAUGGAUCCGGAACCAUCUACAGUACGGAUUACCUAUCUUAGGACAACAGAAGGAGACUUCUGGUGUAGCCGCUUUUGGCAUACUUUGUAUUCUUGUUCUCACGUCUCUGAGACCUGUCAGACGGUUCUUCUACCAAGGGUUCUGGAUCGUGCAUAGUGUCCUUGGCUAUGUCUCGUUCUUCGUGACGAUCUGUUACCACACGAUCUAUGCGUCCCCAUGGAUCUUCCCUCCUCUAGCGUUCUACGGUCUUGAUAUUCUCUUACGCCUAUUCCGCUACCGCAUCAAAGACGCGUCCCUAGUACCAAUAGAUCAGAACAUGACCCUCAUCCAUAUUCAUGAUUGUGAUAGCGGUUGGCAAGCAGGCCAACACGUUCGCCUCCGAGUAUUCUUCUCAAAUCGAGUAUUCGAAUCACACCCUCUAACGAUCAUCAACGCACCCUCCUCAUCAUCAUGCCUCAACACCCGUACCAUGACCCUCGCCGCUCGUGUUCGUGGUGACUGGACACGCGCCCUCAAUAAAUACGCUCAAGCAGAGCAAGAUCGGUUACAGGAUGAAAAACUGGACAAAGCGAAUGUACCUGUUCAUGUCAUGAUCGACGGUCCGUAUGGUGGCUGUAGCAUCGAUCUAGGCGACUACGAGAGUGUGUUACUCAUCGCCGGUGGUUCGGGUGCGACGUUUACGAUUGGUCUACUUGAUGAUAUCGUCGCGAGGUGCGGGAAGCUGGGUAGACGACAUGGCGAGAGAACAAGACGGAUCGAAUUCGCGUGGUGUAUUCGGUCAUUCGGAUGCAUCAAUUGGUUCGCACCUAUGCUCAUGGAAAUCGCCAACACCGUCGCCGGGACCUCCCUCGAUCUCCACAUCUCCAUUUUCCUCACAUGCAUCUGCAACCCCUUCGCCAUCCCACCUAUCCCCAACUCCGACGUGACGAUCUACCGACCUUCCGUAAGCACCCUACUCAAACAACUCAUCACACCACCACCAUCAUCAAAUACACCCUCAGCAACAUCCGACGAUCCUGAAGACGACCCGGAGAAACGCGCAAAGUCGAAAUUGCAGUGGGUCGGUUUGGGGGGAGGCGUCGCCGUUUGUGCUAGUGGGCCGGAAACGUUGAUUAGGGAGUCGCAGAAUGCUGCUGCCAAGUUGGGCGUGAUGAGAGGUGUUGAACUUGGUGGUGUUGCGCUGCAUACGGAGCUGUUUGCUUUAUGAUGUUUGGGACCUUUUUUCUUUGCUUCAUGUAUAUUGUAUUAUAUAUAACACACCAAAUAACACGCCCUUAUGGGUUGUACAAUACGUCUAUUCAUACGAAGGGUAGAUGAUGAAAGUAUGGGUACAAAACGUUCAUUUAUUUCACAGGGUAGUGAUACAACCCCGAAGGGACACACAAAUGCGCGAAAUGUACUAGUACAAACUAAAGAAAAACUGCGGGUAUAAAAUCGUAUAAAAGAGCAGGCGAGUCCGUAAAAGCUCUAAUGGUCGAU